AUGGAUGAAUUGAACAAGGGCAACUCAUUCUUUGUUGAUGAGAACUUUGAACAGGCACUGAUACAUUAUAAUAAGGCAUGCGAGCAGAUGACCAACAACUUUGAGGCAUUCUUCAAGAGAGCACAAUGCCAUCAGAAGUUGGAGUGCUUGAACGAUGCUCUUCACGACAUCAACACCUGUAUAAAGUUAGAACCAAACAAUCCAAAGAGCUAUCUGAAGAAAGGACAAUUCUGCUUCGAGCUUGAGGAAUAUGACACUGCACUGUCUGUGUUUGAGAAGGGAUUGUCACUCGAGCCAGAGUCCACACAGUUCAGAACAUGGAUAAGGAAGGCAAAGGCAGAGUUGGGCACUGAUAACCUGACGGCAACUCCAGCAGCAGCACCAGCAGCAGCCCCAAUAUCGACAACCACACCAGUGGUCACUCAGACCACAACACCUGCCGCUACAACUGCCCCAGCAGCACCAGUUGCAGCUGCCAAGCCACCAGCAGCUACAACUACACCAACACCAACUCCAGCUCCUACUUCAUUGCCCAUUCCUUCAUCUGGAACCAAGGUCAAGCAUGAGUGGUACCAAACAGCAACUCAUGUUACCCUAACAGUUUAUGCCAAGUUUGUCACUGCCGCCAACUCAACGAUUGACCUCCAAGACAAAUCAAUUAGCAUAUCAUUCAUGAUGGCCACUGGAAGCGAAUAUAGCUUGGACAUUGAAUUCUUUGAUCCGAUUGUGCCAGCCGAUAGCACAACAAAGUACUACUCGACAAAGGUCGAGAUCGUACUCAAGAAGUCACGAGCCAUUCGUUGGGAGAACCUCGAGUACACUGGUGUCGAUCGCCCCGUUGGUACUGUAGACACGCCACAACCAAAGCCAGCUGGCGUGCCCUCGCCAUACUCGUCCAACAAGAACUGGGAUGCGAUCGACGCUGGCGACGAUAAGGAGGGCGACCCACUCAAUCGCGUCUUCCAGGACAUCUUUUCAAGAGGCAGUGAGGAGCAGAGACGUGCCAUGCAAAAGUCCUUCCUUGAGUCUGGAGGCACGGUCCUCUCUACAAACUGGCAGGAUGUUGGCAAGAAGACAGUCAAGGGUGCGCCACCAAAGGGCAUGGAGAUGCACAGCUGGAACAAUGGCGAGAAGGUUGAGGUCAAGGAGAAGGAAUCAUGGGAGAAGGAUGACUAG